UGGAUGAAUCAACAGAAUUGGCACCCCAUCAUGGUUUUGUGUUCAUGUUAUCACGCUUGCUCUCAUAGCAUUCGGUUGGAUCUACCGUUACGAAGGGAAGUUGCCAACACUCAAAAAGAAAGGAAAAGAGACAAAAAAGAAAAAGAAGAUGUCAAAGACUGACACUCUCCCAGCAGAGAAAAAGAACAAAAAAGAAAUGGAGUUUGAGCUGAAGCUUGCAAAGGAAAAGGAAGAGAUUCUUGAGCGAGAGAAACAGAUGAAAAUCAGCAGACUUCUACAAGAGGUGUCAGAGACUGAGAGAGAAGAUCUAGAUGAGUCAGAGAAGGUGCAGCAUUGGGUCGAGAGGCUCUGUCAAACCAGACUAGAACAGAUCUCCUCGGUGGAAAAUGAGUCUCUGGAGAUGUCUCCAACCCGUUCCCCUCCAUCGACCGGCCCCACCAACCGGAGGUUCCCCGGUGGCAUAACGUUGGCCACCACUGACCUUGAUGACAUCAACUUAGAAGAGGUGGACCAGAGUCUGAGGCAUCCUUUGAAAAGACUAGCCCCAGCUCUACCCACAUCCAACCAGGCCCCGCCUCCUUUACCACUCCCUCCACCCUCACCCCGCCUCUACUAUACAUCCAAUCUCCACCCUCCAUCUCCAAGAACACCGCACCCAAUACAAGCCACCAGACCAGCCCCUCAACGCCCUCCUUCUCCACCAGUAUCCAGGUUGCCUCCAUCCUCAGUAGGUUAUGUGCGACCAUCUCCUGCUGUCCCAAAGUUCUUCUCUAGGGCUCCAUUUUCAUCUCACCCACCUCCCCCUCCACCACCUCCUCCUCCCCCACCACCUCUGCCUCCUCCCCCACCACCUUCACCACCUCUGCACAUGGAGGACAAAUACCAUGGAGAUUCAUCCAAUUAUCUCCGCUCUCCAAGCCUAGCUGAACAAGGAAGCAGGUUUGGGGAGAAUGGCUACCGGCAGAGAGUGGGCUUCCACCUCACCAAUACCAGUGACCUCUCACACCCACUCAGUCCAAAGGUCGACCGUGACUUGAUGGUUAGCAUAGCGAGUGUGUUUAUCAGUGUGAGAGAUUAUUAUUUAUUUAAGUUCAGUCAUGACAACUCUCAAAAUAAUAUAGUGGAUAUGACAGUUGGUAGGUUUGGUCUCGUCAGACUAGAUCUGUUUACACUGCUGCUGCAGCUGCAGAGCAAAGUACAAAAACUCGCUAUUGCAAGAAUAUACACAGACAUGCUGUUUUGAGCAUAUUAGACUACACUGUUGAUGCACAAUUAGAAAUACAUACAAUCCCCUUGAAGCAGAUCUAGACAAGUGAUGCUAGGGAGGAGGAGGGUUUCAGAGAGUAAACUCUCUUAGUUCGCUGCAGUGAAACUGUCCUACCUACAAACAACUGAGGCCAUUUUAAUUAAGACAGAGAGAGAGUACACAAGCUGAUUGGCUCAAAAGAUUUUAUGGCAAAAGACAUAUCAGUUUUUGAAAUAUAGUUUCAUGACUGAAUUUAGGAUCAUUUGUAAGCACUCCUCAAGUGUGUUGUUGUCCAGACUAGUUUACUAUUAUUAAAAGGUUUAGUUCACCCAAAAAUGAAAAUUAUAUAAUUAUUUACCCACUCUCACAUUGUUCCAACCUGUAUGAUUUUCUUUCAUCCGUGAAACACAAAAGGAACCCUAGGCAUUAUGUUAGAGACAGACUGCAUAUGUUUUCCACACAAUGAAAGUGAAUGAUGCCUGAGGA